CGGGGCGCCAGCUCCCAGCACCCAACGGCCCCAACGGCUAUCAACUGUGGCCGCCCCCAGGCUGCUCUGUGGCGCCUCACUGCAGCAUGUCUCUUCUCCCCGAAGUUGCUGUUCUGCUCCCUUAGUGUUACCUUCGUUUUACCUUCUUAAGAGACUCCCAUUUUCCUUGGCCCCUCCCAGCUAGUGGUUACUUAGGCCCGGGAAUCACUCUUUUUUUCAAAGUUUGCAUCCAUCCACCUGGAUUGACACUUCAUUAACGGGUCUCUACUUUAAACCUUCUAACGACCCCAAAAGAUGCCGAGGUACUGGAAUGCACUUGAUAUACUUUCUUUGCUUCUCUCAGAAGCCCAUCCUUGAUUUUUAUCGUAUAGUUUCUGAUAGCCUUCGACAUGCCAGACUCCAUGUUCUUUGCUGAAUGAACCCGGUUGUGUUUUUUCCUUAUUUUUUCCCGUGGUGCUUUUGUAUUCUUCAAAGAGCAAGACCCUCCUUUUCACUGUUCCAGAAGAGCAAGUCCCAAGAUUCCCUGACUCCCUACUGAGGAGCUGGCACAGGCUCCCUUCUCCUCGGUGUUGGGUCACGACCUCCAGGGGAGCCGAGCUCCCGGGACCUUAAAGCUGCUGAGCGGAGCGCAUGACUUUCCUGGAUGGGCUGUCAAGAGCCUAGAUUCUGGCCUUUGCUCUCUCGCCUUCCCGGCGAUCCUUACCCCUCUCAUUUGUAGAGAUAAGUUGUGAAGGUAAAAUGAGAGCAUUCUGAUCAUGAACUUGGAAGCAACUUGAACAAAAGUAGAGAGCACUAUGCAAAACGCAAAGUAUUUUUCUGGUGCCAUGAAAACAGGCUUUGUAGUAGCCUGUUACCUUGCCUGUCAUACCCUCAUGGGAACUGCCAGAGUGUGUGGGCUAAGCUGGCGGCCCGGGCUUUAGACUGGACCUCACAAUGUUUGCAGAGAUGUUCAGGCACGCGGGAGCUGAUUACACACAAUGAAUGGGGGCAAUGAGAGCAGUGGAGCAGACAGAGCUGGGGGCCCUGUGGCCACAUCUGUCCCUAUCGGCUGGCAGCGCUGUGUGCGAGAGGGUGCUGUGCUCUAUAUCAGCCCAAGUGGCACAGAGCUGUCUUCCUUGGAACAAACCCGGAGCUACCUCCUCAGCGAUGGGACCUGCAAGUGUGGUCUGGAGUGUCCACUCAAUGUCCCCAAGGUUUUCAACUUUGACCCUUUGGCCCCGGUGACCCCGGGUGGGGCUGGGGUGGGGCCAGCAUCAGAGGAGGACAUGACCAAGCUGUGCAACCACCGGCGGAAAGCUGUUGCCAUGGCAACUCUGUACCGCAGCAUGGAGACCACCUGCUCACAUUCUUCUCCUGGAGAGGGAGCGAGCCCCCAAAUGUUCCACACUGUGUCCCCAGGGCCUCCCUCUGCCUGCGUUCCCUGUCGAGUUCCUCCUGCAACUCCACUUAAUGGGGGUCCUGGCUCCCUUCCCCAAGAGCCACCCUCAGUUCCCCAGGCCUUCCCCCCUCUAGUAGGCCCUGGGGGGCUCUUCCAGCUACCAAGGCUUCCUGAUUCAGUCCCUUCUGGGGGCAACAGCAGUCCCUGUUUUCUCCCAAGGGGCAAUGCCCCCUCUCCAGCCCCACCUCCCCCACCUGCUAUCAGCCUCAAUGCCCCCUCAUACAACUGGGGAGCCACGCUCCGGUCCAGUCUGGUGCCCUCUGACCUAGGCUCUCCUCCAGCUCCUCUUGCCUCUUCCUCACCACCUUCAGAUCCUCCUCUCUUCCACUGUAGUGAUGCCUUAACACCCCCUCCCCUGCCCCCAAGCAAUAAUCUCCCUGCCCCCCUUGGUGGUCCCUCUGGUCCUGCCACUCAGCCAUCAGUGUCUUCAGCCACUAUGCACCUGCCCCUGGUCUUGGGUUCCCUGGGAGGGGAUCCCAUGGUAGAGGGGCCUGGGGCACCCCCUUUUCUUGCUAGCAGUCUACUCUCUGCAGCGGCCAAGGCACAGCAUCCCUUGCUACCCCCUCCCAGCACUUUACAGGGCCGAAGGCCCCGUGCCCAGGCGCCCUCUGUUUCUCACCCCUCAUCACCCCAUCCCUCUCAGCGUCGAUCUCGCAGACCCCCAACUGUCUUGCGAUUGCUAGAAGGGGGAAGCCCUCAAACCCCUAGACGGAGCCGUCCUCGGGCCCCUGCCCCUGUGCCCCAGCCUUUUCCUCUUCCAGAACCAUCCCAACCGAUUCUUCCUUCUGUUUUGUCCCUGCUGGGACUCCCCACCCCUGGCCCGUCCCACUCUGAUGGAAGCUUUAACCUUUUGGGGUCAGAUGCACACCUUCCUCCUCCCCCAACCCUCUCCUCAGGGAGCCCUCCCCAACCCAGGCACCCUAUCCAGCCCUCCCUGCCUGGGACCACCAGUGGCAGCCUCAGCAGUGUGCCAGGUGCCCCUGCCCCACCAGCUGCCUCCAAAGCUCCCAUAGUCCCCAGCCCUGUGCUUCAAAGCCCAUCUGAGGGGCUGGGGAUGGGGGCGGGCCCAGCCUGCCCUCUGCCCCCCUUAGCUGGUGGGGAGGCUUUCCCUUUCCCUAGUCCUGAGCAAGGCCUGGCGCUGAGUGGAGCUGGCUUCCCAGGGGUGCUGGGGGCUUUGCCUCUUCCUCUGAGUCUGGGGCAGCCUCCACCCUCUCCAUUGCUCAGCCACAGUUUAUUUGGUGUGCUGGCUGGGGGUGGAGGACAGCCUCCCCCUGAAUCCCUGCUACCCCCACCAGGAGGACCUGGCCCUCCUCUAGCCUCAGGCGAGCCUGAUGGGCCUUCCCUUUUGGUGGCUUCCUUGCUCCCACCACCUUCAUCAGACCUUCUGUCACCUCCCUCUGCACCCCCUAGCAACCUCCUUGCCUCUUUUCUGCCCCUUUUGGCCCUGGGCCCCACAGCUGGAGAUGGGGAGGCAUCUUCAGAUGGAGCUGGGGGUCCAAGUGGGGAGCCAUUUUCAGGUUUGGGAGACCUGCCCCCUCUACUUUUCCCCCCACUUUCAGCCCCCCCUACCCUCAUAGCUUUAAAUUCUGCGCUGCUGGCUGCCAGCCUGGAUCCCCCCUCGGGGACACCUCCCCAGCCCUGUGUCCUGAGUGCCCCCCAACCUGGACCACCUACCUCCAGUGUCACCAUGGCAACUACUGACCCGGGGGCCUCCUCUGUGGGCAAGGCCCCCUCCAACUCAGGGAGACCCCCCCAACUCCUUAGCCCUCUGCUGAGUGCCAGCCUGCUGGGUGACUUAUCUUCACUGACCAGCAGCCCUGGAACCCUCCCCAGCCUAUUGCAGCCUCCUGGCCCUCUUCUCUCUGGCCAGUUGGGGCUGCAGCUCCUCCCUGGGGGGGGAGCUCCUCCACCCCUCUCAGAGGCUUCUAGUCCCUUAGCCUGCCUGCUACAGAGUCUCCAGCAGAUUCCUCCAGAGCAGCCAGAAGCCCCCUGUCUGCCCCCUGAGAGUCCUACUUCAGCCCUCGAACCGGAGCCUACCCGGCCUCCCCUCAGUGCCUUAGCCUCACCCCACAGCUCUCCUGGCCCCCCAGUCCCUGAGCUGCUCACUGGGAGGGGGUCAGGGAAACGGGGCCGGAGGGGAGGAGGGGGACUUAGGGGCAUUAAUGGUGAGGCCAGGCCAAGCCGGGGCCGAAAACCUGGUAGUCGGCGAGAGCCUGGCCGAAUGGCCCUCAAGUGGGGGACACGUGGUGGCUUCAAUGGACAAAUGGAACGGUCCCCAAGGAGGACCCACCAUUGGCAGCAUAAUGGGGAGCUGGCUGAAGGGGGUGCUGAGCCCAAGGACCCACCCCCUCCUGGGCCCCAUUCUGAGGACCUUAAGUCUCUCUUUCCUCAGGUGCCCCUGGGGAUAGUCAGAAAGUCUCGUCGUGGCCGGAGGAGAAAAUACAAAAAGUUUCCCACCCAACCUUCUGAAAUUCACCUGGUGCUUGGGGAGCUGUUCCUGAUCAUCUGUGCCCCUUAUUGCAGCCCUACCCGAAACAGCAAUAGCUCCCGCCAGGAUGUUCCCUUGGAACCCAGCCCUACAACCCGAGCAGCUGUCCCUCUGCCUCCCCGGGCCCGCCCUGGCCGUCCUGCCAAAAACAAGAGGAGGAAACUGGCCCCAUAGCAGCUAUACCUGGAGCUGGAUCUGACCCUGACUGGGGAGAGCUGAGUGCUGAGCCUUGGAGCCCCUGCCAGCCACUUGCACCUGUGGACAGUGGGUGGGGGUACUACUCCCCACUCAGAGCACAAAUGCAACCCCUUCCCCUACAAUCCCCUCCUGAGCCAUUGCAGGGGGUAAGGAAGCUCCCCCUCUCCCCCCCAAAGCCAUGUCACUGAAAAGGCCUUGGGGGGGUGGUAUGUGGCCUCUCCCCACCAGGCGCUAACACCCCCUUCCUGAGGUCUUUUAUUUGUUUAAGUUAUUUUUGCACAAAUGACUCUUUUAUAUUUAAUUCGACUUCAUUGCCUCCCUUCUUAAAGCCAGCAGGCUCAGUUUACAAACCUGUGAGCUACUGUUGGCUGCUGCCCUCCUUCCCAGUGAAAGGUACAAAGCAAUAAGCAUCAUGCAUCUCCCCACCCCAGCGUCCCUCUGCUUCCGGCUCAGGUUGCUCAAAGCACAGAUCCCCUCUUACCCCUGUCCCCAGGUUUGAAACACAGAGCCUCAUUUCAGAGUGUAGCCAGGUUCCCUCUACUUUCCUCUGGGAUACAAAAAGGGGAUAAGGGGGCAAAGAGAGCCCUCUGGGCCUCUCCUCCCAUACACACUACACUGCCCCUUCUCCCCCCCAUCAAAAUGCUCAGAGACGUUGUGAUGUGACUGAGGAUUAUGCAACGUGGUCCAACCGGAGCGGCCAGCAUGACCAGCUGUCCAGGGGCUGCCUCCUGCCUUUUCUUUUGUAAAGACAAGACCCUUGGGAGUUUUAAUUCUGUUUUGUACUUGCCCUUCGGGGCCUCCACUGCUUUUCUAUGGGAGACACUCUUAAUUUAACAGAUGAGAAUAUUUUGAAACUCCG